UUUGUACUUCCUCGCUGAGAAUGUAAGAUUAACGAGGAGCACGUGAAUGCAGCAUAAAUACAACUGCGCAGUUCAGGGACCGCUGCCUGUUGCUGUUGCUGCUCACCAAAAUCUUGUGACAGAGAUGUCCAACGUUACUGCACUGAGUCUGCGUCUCCUCCACUGCUACUCAAAGCAAGGCACAUUUGGAUACGGUCCUGGUGUUGUGCGCCCAUUCAGUCUCAGUGUGCAGAGAGAGGGCUAUAAGUAUGUGAAUGCCCAGGAGCUGCCAACAGACCUGAGGUCCAUCACUGACCGGGCUGCUACAACACUCCUGUGGACUGAACUUUUUAGAGGUUUGGGGAUGACCAUGAGUUACUUGUUCCGUGAACCUGCCACUAUCAACUACCCGUUUGAGAAGGGACCUCUGUCGCCCCGCUUCCGUGGAGAGCACGCCCUCCGUCGCUACCCCAAUGGAGAGGAGCGCUGCAUCGCCUGUAAGCUGUGUGAGGCCAUCUGCCCUGCUCAGGCCAUUACCAUUGAAGCUGAGACUCGAGCUGACGGCAGCAGGAGAACUACUCGCUAUGACAUUGACAUGACCAAGUGUAUCUACUGUGGCUUCUGCCAGGAAGCCUGUCCUGUUGAUGCCAUUGUGGAGGGUCCAAACUUUGAGUUCUCCACAGAAACCCACGAGGAGCUGCUGUACAACAAGGAAAAGCUGCUCAACAAUGGAGACCGAUGGGAGGCUGAGAUAGCAGCCAACAUACAGGCAGACUACCUGUACAGAUAGUCUGACUGUCGUACCUAUACACUGACCACAGAAAUAUAACGCACAUGAAAAUGACGUAUGUUAUCAUCAUUCUAUGCACUAAAGAGAUUACUUGUAGCUUUAAAGAUAUUCCAAUGAGUCACAUAACAGCAGUGAAGCCUUGCAGCCUCAGAUUCUGAGAGAAAAUAUAAAACGCACAAUUUAUGUCUUAUGUUUUAAAGAUGGAUGAUAUUGUACUUGAUGUUGAUUUUAUAAUCUGUAAUCCAUGUUACCCAUGUUUGUGAUAGAUUAUCUGCUGCACUUUAAAAACAUGGUUUAUCUGAUUAAAUAUGUAGGACACUUCUGAAAGAGAUGUAAUGUUGCUGCUGUUUAAGAAAGUGAAAUAAAUCAUGUUCGAAAUCUUUAA